GUUACUAUAAGAUUAGCACUAUAUUACACUAAAGAUGAGACAACUUUAGAAAUUAUUCACACUAUAAAUGAAAAAUUUAAAUUCACCUCUGAAACUGGAUUGAAAGAAAUUGAUAUUCAUGGAUAUAUUAACAUGGUUAAUUUAGCAUCUUUAAUUUGGGGUGUUUCGUCGUUUUUUGCUGCCAAUUUAUUUACAGCUUUCCCAAUCUUUAUAGGGAAAGAACCAAUACCUUUAUGGUAUCCAUACAACUCUAGUGCAUCCCCAUACUUUGAAUUAUCCCAUAUUUUUCAAUUUCUCGCUCAAAAUUCUAUGUGGUAUAACUAUAACAUAUUAGAUAUUUUUUAUAUAACGAUUGUGGUUAUCACUGCAGGACAAUUUAAAAUAUUAACAUGGGAAUUAGAAAAUAUUUGCUUUAGCAGUUUACUCGCAUCUGGAUAUGAUAAACAAAGAAUAUUACAUUUUCAAGAAACUUUGGCAAAUUCGAAUGGGAUAACAGAACACGAUAAAUGCUUGGAUAUUUACCAGUUUAUGUUAACGGAUGAAUAUGUAAAACAAUUCCGCAUUAAAAUUAUUAAAGUCGUAAAUUUUCAUAGAGAUAUUCUCGAUUUUUGUGAUAAAUUGGAAAAUUUUUUGGCUACGUCAUUGCUAAUGAUGUUUCUUAGUAUUUUAAGUCAUUGCGUUCUUAUUUUAUAUGGAACCAGCUUGAGUACUUCAAUGAUUCAUCGUUUGCAAAUGGCAGUAUACUUUUUUUCAGCUGUUGUUGAAUCAUUUUUAGUGGCAUAUCCAUCCGAUUUUUUAUUCGAACAGCACUCAAACUGGAAUAAUCGAGAAAACAAUGCAUAGUUAUAUUAAAAACACCAACGUUGGGUUUUUAAUUUGGUUCACAAUUGCUCAUUUAGGUGCUCAAAUGUAUAUGGUAACACCUUUAAUAAUGGAUGAAGAAAGGUACGAUAUUUGUAAGAAUUAAUGAGAUUAAAAAAAUUUUAUUGUUAGAUCAUUACCCAUGCCUU